AUGUCUUCGGUCAAGAGAAGAAAACUCGAUGAGAGUGUGCCUUCGGGCCUGCUGCGGGAGAAGAAGAAGAACAAGAAGGCAAAGACGCCGAAGGAGGUGACGGCAGAGCCUGUGGAUGCUUCUGCGACCCCAGAGUCGACACCCAUUGCCACGAAAGUACCAGAGGAGACGGUGACAGUUGGAGGGGAGGAAGCACAGACAGAGGUUCCAACGAGCUUCAAGGACCUUGGUAUUGUCGACGAGCUAUGCGACGCCUGCACAGCGCUGGGAUAUAAAGCGCCGACCCCAAUUCAAGCCGAGUCGAUACCUUUGGCCCUGCAAGACCGAGAUUUGAUUGCCCUCGCCGAAACUGGAAGUGGAAAGACGGCAGCUUUUGCAUUACCGAUCCUUCAGUCGCUCCUCGAUAAACCACAGCCUUUCUUCGGACUUGUCCUCGCACCUACCCGUGAACUGGCAUACCAAAUAUCUCAGUCCUUCGAGGCGCUCGGAUCCAAAAUCGGAGUAAGAUGCGCCGUUAUCGUAGGAGGUAUGGAUAUGGUUCCGCAAGCCAUUGCACUCGGCAAGAAACCUCACAUCAUUGUGGCAUCACCUGGACGAUUGCUAGAUCAUCUCGAGAAUACCAAAGGAUUCUCACUACGAGCCCUCAAAUAUCUGGUAAUGGACGAAGCCGAUAGACUACUAGACCUGGACUUUGGAGCAAUUAUAGACAAAAUCCUCAAAGUCAUCCCUCGGGAGCGCCGAACCUACCUUUUCUCCGCGACCAUGAGCUCGAAAGUCGAAAGCCUGCAAAGAGCCAGUUUAAAAGAUCCCCUCCGAGUCAGCGUCAGUACCAAAUACCAAACCGUUUCGACCUUGAUCCAAAAUUGCCUUAUAGUACCCCUUGUCCACAAGGAUGUGUACCUAGUCUACCUUAUGAACGAGUUCGCCGGCCAGUCAGCAAUUAUCUUCACGCGAACCGUAAAUGAAACGCAGCGACUGGCAAUCUUGCUACGGUCACUGGGUUUUGGGGCAAUUCCCCUCCACGGACAGCUCUCCCAGACCGCUCGUCUUGGUGCGCUGAACAAAUUCCGUGCAGGAACGAGAAAGAUCCUCGUCGCAACCGACGUCGCAGCCCGUGGUCUAGAUAUCCCGUCCGUCGACAUCGUCCUCAACUACGACCUACCACCGGAAAGCAAGACUUACAUUCAUCGGGUGGGACGCACAGCAAGAGCUGGAAAGUCAGGACACGCAUUCAGUAUUGUGACGCAGUACGACGUUGAGAUUUUCACGCGUACGGAAGCUGCACUGAAGAUACGGAUGCCUGUGUAUGAGCCUGUGAAGGAGGAGGUUAUGGUGUUCAAGGCGCGGGUAGAGGAGGCGCAGAGACAUGCGAGGAACGAGAUGAAGAAUCUGCAUGAAGACAGAGGAAACAAGGGGUCAAUCCUCAAGGGGAGAAGACCGAAGACUGGCGGUAAUAAGAGGGGACGAGACGAUAUGGAUAGGGAGGAGGGUUGA